AUGUCAGCCUUUCCCCCACCACCAGUCAACACCAUUGACUGGUCCAAUGUCGGCUUCAAGGUUCGCGAGGUCAAUGGCCACAUCGAGUCCACCUGGUCCAAGUCCACCGGGGAAUGGACCCCCCUCCGCUUCGUCGCCGACCCCUACAUGCGAAUCCACGGCAUGGCCCCGGCCUUGAACUACGGCCAGCAGGCCUACGAGGGCCUCAAGGCCUUCCGAACCCCCAACGACGCCGCCAUCACCAUCUUCCGCCCCGACCGCAACGCCCGCCGCAUGCAGCACUCGGCCGACGUCGUCUCCAUGCCCCGAGUCCCCGAGGAGCUCUUCCUCAAGGCCGUCAGGGCCGCCGUGGCCCUCAACGCCGGGUUCGUGCCCCCCCACGAGACGGGCGCCGCCCUCUACAUCCGACCCCAGAUCUACGGCUCCAGCGCCCAGCUUGGCCUGAGCCCCCCCGACGAGUACACCUUCGCCGUCUUCGUCAUCCCCACGGGCGUCUACCACGGCACGCACCCCGUCAAGGCUCUCAUCCUCGAGGAGUUUGACCGCGCCGCCCCCAACGGCGUCGGCAGCGCCAAGGUCGGCGGCAACUACGCCCCCGUCCUGCGCUGGAGCGAC